AACGCUUUCUUUGAACCUCAGCUGACCAGUGUUGUCACACAAAAACAGUCUCUAAACCAUCAAGUUUCAGGUGUACUUUUGCUUAUAACAAGUAAAGAUGGCGUUUUUUUGUAUCCCUAGUUCCUGGAUUAAUCCAACUGAUGAUUCAUGGUCCUUGUCUCCAAUCUAUGGAGAAAGUGGGAAGGAUGUGGAGCAACCUCAGAAGCAGAUGUCAAACCCUCUUUAACUCCAGUGGCUCAGAAGCAAGUGUAUGGAAUGUAGACAUGGAUCACGUCCACUGUGUAGUGGACAUAGGUGCACCUUCUCAUGGAGCACACACAGGUGAGUCCCAGGACGAUCGGGGCUCUGCUCCUUCACAGGUUACCUUAGGAGGCGGGGGACAUAGAGGUCACAACUGUGUGGCAGAUAGUCCCCAAUUUGUUGAGAUCACAGUUGACAAAGAAAGCGACGAUACACGAAGGGUCCCACUUGUGCGCAGAGAUUCUUAUUCCCGACAUGCUCCUUGGGGAGGUAAGAAGAAACACUCUUGCUCCACUAAGACACAGAGCUCCCUGGAGGCAGACAGGCGGACAGGACGUUCGAGAGGCAGCACGGGCAGACGGGAACGUUGCUAUGGGUCCAGCUCCGUCCAGGAAGUGUGUGAUAAUGGAGGAGGGGUCAGUUCUCGGAGUUUAAGUGUUCGCUCUGUACGGCAACGGUUGAAGGAUACUGUAGGCUUAUGCUUGCCCCUGCCAUCACCCCGCCGCCCUCGUUCGGCCAAGAGCCAGGUUUCCUCUAAGCGCAAGAUCCACAUAACAGAGCUUAUGCUGGAAACUUGCCCGUUCCCACCGGGCUCGGAUCUGGCCAACAAGUGGCAUCUCAUCAAGCAGCACACAGCACCAGUCAGCCCGCAUUCCUCCACCGCAAUGCUGGACGCUUUUGACUCAACACAUCCCUCCCCAGAGGAUGAGGAAGAGAGGCUUCGUGAACGUCGUAGAUUAAGUAUAGAGGAAGGUGUUGACCCUCCUCCAAAUGCACGGAUUCACACAUUGGAGGCCACAUCACAGAGAGCUACACUUUACAAACUGGGACCAAAGAUGGCCCCCUGUUCUGGAGAAGGACAUGGGGAGGUCAAGGGUUUGGGGGCUGGAACAGCGGGGUUGUCCGGCAUAAUGGCCCAAGUUGGGGCGAGCAUGGCAAUGCCAUCCCAGCCUGUUGACUGUGACUCUGAGGAGGACUCAACCACUCUGUGUUUGCAGGCACGGAGGCCCAAGCAGAGACAUGCUUCUGGAGAUGGCCAUUCCUCCAGGCAGCCAGGACCCUGGAAGGUUCACACACAGAUUGACUUUAUUCAUUGUUUGGUGCCUGAUCUACUGGCCAUCACAGCACUUCCCUGCUAUUGGGGAGUGAUGGAUCGCUACCAGGCAGAGGCACUGUUGGACGGCCGACCAGAGGGCACCUUUCUACUACGUGACUCGGCCCAGGAGGACUAUUUAUUUUCUGUCAGUUUCCGCAGAUACAACCGUUCUUUGCAUGCACGCAUUGAACAGUGGAACCACAAUUUUAGUUUCGAUGCGCACGACCCCUGUGUCUUCCACUCUUCAACAGUCACAGGUUUGUUGGAGCACUACAAAGACCCAAGCGCCUGUAUGUUUUUUGAGCCUUUGCUCACCGUCCCCUUACACAGGACCUUUCCUUUCAGCCUGCAGCAUCUGGCACGUGCUGCUAUCUGCAGUCAUACCACCUAUGAUGGCAUUGGUGCCCUGCCACUGCCACCAGCUAUGCAGGAUUUCCUCAAGGAGUAUCACUAUAAGCAGAAAGUACGUGUUCGCUGGCUAGAAAGAGAACCACCUUUCAAGGUCAAAUAAGGUCUGGCUCUAUGGCUGAUGGAGGCCGGAGAUUUGAAGGCAAAAGAUUCUGCCAAUAGCAUUGGAUCAGAUCAACACCAGGCUUUAGGCAUAUGGCAUAUAUUCAUUUUUUUUAUAUUAAAUACUUGGAAUACAUGGUUGGUAAUAAUCAGUAUGUGCUAUCCGACAAGCAUGUUUAUUUGCUGAUCAGGACAGGAUUGAAAUGUUUUAGUCCUCACUGCUCAGUUUCUUUGAUGAUAGCUAAUGGAUAUGCUUCAGGCUGCCUGCUAAAACGUCUGCAUACCGGUGCAUUCUCUCUCUCCCAUUUUACCUUAUAUGGUCAAAGGACAUUUCCUAUGAAAAUGGAAAUCAACCUAGGUAAAUGCUAAAAGUUUUUUUUUUAAGUGUGCUAAAUCAUGAAUUUACAUUCCUUUAGACAUAUAGAUGAUUUAUUAUAUUAAUCACGGCUAAUUUACCAGCAACAAAUUUAAAUGACUAUUAACUAUACCUUCUAGACAGCCAGGUUUUAGGAGGCAGAGUUAACACUGGGCAGUGUGGCUAUCAGCAACUUUUAACACUGGGCUUGUCUUUUUAAUGCCUAGCACAAAAGUACCACAUGAAGAAGAGGAAAUUACCAGUAAGAAAUAUUUCCUGUUAUCCACCAGCUACACAGAGAGUACUUGCAAAUACACAGAUAUUUUAUGAUGUGCUGCAUGGUAGAGGCACAACUCGGCACACCACCGUAUAUAUAAAAUAGCCUGUUGCCAUGUUUCUGUUUGUGAGUGAAGAACAAACAGGCACCUUGUCUUUUGAGUAGUAAAUGUUUAAAUUUAACAUAUGCAGUAUCAGAUAAGUGUUAUUACUUCAACCCUUCAUGGGUUCAUAAGUGUCUGUCACUGUCUGCCCCCAAACUGUAAACCGGUGGUCUGUUUUUAACACUGAUCUACAUUGUCUAGCUAGUCCUUGUUUAAAUUGUUAAAUUUGUCUGUGGUUUCAUGGGGAAGAAAUGGGUUAUAUUUGAGGCGUGUACUUUCACCUCACUAUGACCGUCUUCACCAUAGACACAGCAUAUAAAGAUGCCAUUUGUACACUCGUUAUUAGUAUUGAUGGCCUGUUUUCUUAUCGUUUGUGGUUAGUUCCACUUACAUUGCACUUUUACCCAUUGUGGAGCAUAUUACUUCGGUAUGCUUCCUGUCAUUUUUGUGUGCACUAAUGAGUGAGAUGCAUUUAACACUGUAACAGAUUAUGGCUUAGCCAACUCUUUUAAUCAUAUAGCCUAAGGGCGCUUUCACAACUAAUAGUCCGUUUGCUGAGUCCAAAUUAGAGGGACUUUGAUACUUUUGGUUUAGUUUCACAAUGCACAUGAAUUAAAUGAACCGAAAAGCAAAAACACUUUGGCUGAGGGGUGUGUAUAUCUGAACAGUUAUUUCUAAAAAUCUUUCAUUCAGUGGUCAGAAUUACUCAAGUGCAUGUACAUGUCACAAAAAUCACUUGAGCACAGAAAACUCGUAGCCGGAGUCGAAUAAACAAUUCGCUAACUAUAUAAAUAACAUUUCGUCUAUCACAUCCAGCAUUAGCAGCUUGCAUCUGCAAAGGAAUGCCACCCGUAACCCGUAAUACACAGCACGUUUGGUUUUCUUCCUUCAGCCGGGUCAAUUCGGGGUUACUCGCUGCAGUCAAACGGUACUAGAGUUCAUUGCAAACGGACUGAGACUGUCUCACACAGACGAUCUCGGACAGGCCGUUCUGGUCCAAACCUGAGUGUGAUUGCUGUGGUCUCACUCUCGCUGCCUAAACGAACGUCACCCAGAGGCAAAAUGCACCAGUGCUCAAUUGAAAGAGACUAAAUGCUGCAUUAUGUGAAAGCAUCCUUGGAUUAAAUCAUUGAAAAGGAUAAUAUUUUUGAUAUAGGGCAAAUGAAAGCCAACGUAAAGUCAACGUUCAGUUUAACGUCAUAAGAGUUACUACUAUAUUAAAUAUGGAAAGCUGCUCAGGUCAACUCAGAGUUUAUCUUAGGCAUAAUACUAUGCUACAAUUGAAGUGAUUGUUUUAGUGUUUGUGUUUUCGAGGAACAUCGACCAAAGGUGUAUUUGUGAGCUUUACCUGUAUUUGAGAUGUUUUCAUUAUGUCUUUCUAACAAUUUAACCAAUGCAACAUUUCAAAACUGGGUAAAUGUGUUGUGAGCAAUAUGCUUUUAUUCUGCAUCUGAAAGUGUCUCCAGGAAGCUGAGUGAUGGAUUUAAAAAAAAAAAGCAAACCGGAUAGAAAGCCUUUAUAUAUUCCCUUUUUACACUUUCGGUGACUGCAGUGACUCAACAAAAAAAUCUGUUACGCUUGUGUUCUGUGUGCUGAACAUUAGGAGGACUGUAAUUUAAUAAGGUGUUGAUGUAUUGCAAGUUAGUCCCUAAAUUCUUAAUGACAACCUGUGCCUUAUUCCUCCCCGCUCCUGCUUUCACACUCAGGUUUUGUACUUUAGAACGAUGUGGCCUGCUCGCACAUACACAUGGGUCUUUCUGUGCCACCACUCAGCAAAUGAGCCUCUCCUGGCAGAGUUACACCCUGCCCUGCCCUACAGGCACUAAUCACAGGCUAAAUUUACUAACCUAGCCUCUAAAUUUACCACCUGCUAAAAGGACCAGUCUGUGUUUCUUGAUGGGCUCUAUGAAAAUAUAGAGUAGAGGGACUUUUUUCCCUUCCUCCCCAGUCCAACCACAUCCUCAGCAUCACCCUCGUUUCGGAUAUGUCGAGCUGAAAGCAGAAAUGCUGUUGUUUGUGUAGUCUGCCUGGCUUCCACAAUGUUUGGGCGCUAUGCUAAAGUUAGCAUUAGCAAGAGGCUAACACAGGGCUCCAUUGACACAUUUUGAGCACCCUGUUGUCUUGCUGCUCAGAGCAGGGUGGAGUUAAAAACCUCAAUUAGCCAUUAUUUGGUUAAGGGUUGAAACGGUAUGUUUAAUGGCCAGUGGCCAUUGUAUGUUUGGUUCACGCCUUGUCUUCGGGCAUUGUUAGCCGAUUUUGAAAGAUGGUGAGCCGUGACGACAAGGGAUAAAGUUUUUCUUUUAAGUUGCUUUUAAAGUGUGCCUCGUAAUUAUGAUCUAAAACUGUGGGGUUUUCUCUAUCAAAUGACUCAUAUAAUCUGAAAGCAGCUUCUCUGUGCUGGGGAAACUGUUCCUACACUUUGUUCCCUAUGGGAAACUUGCAUGUGUCAGACAUAGCAGUGCCACAUGUUGCCCAUAUGAACUGUAAAGCAGGCUCUGUGCCAUAAUUACAGAAAAAUAAGGGACGUCGGCGCUCUGCUUUGUUCACGAACAUGCCUAUAUAACAGUCUAUUUCGCCCUCUAAAGAGAGGUCUCAGUGUUUUUGUUGGUAAGAGAUUUAAAAAUCUAUCAAGAAGAGUAAAUUUUAGGAUUGACUACGAGCCUUCAUUCCUACGUAGAGGAGGAGCAUGGUCUCUAGAAAGUCUCAGCCAACCCUUACCUUUGAUCUUAGAUUAAAUUUAGCUUGGCUUUAUAUACAUGAGCUAAGCUCUGACCUUACAGACUUUGGAUUUGUACUUUUAGAAAUAGUGUCAAGAGAGUUGUGUAAUACUUUUAUGCAAACACAUUAACAAGAUAAUUAUGUUUACAUAACUCUUCUCCCUAAUAUGAUAUGAGUGUGAUGUAACCGUGGUUCGCUAUAGUUUCACUUUAAUGCUCUACAUGCACAUUCGUUGCUGAAUGAAUGCAGGCAACAUGCUGACAGGGCUUGACAAUGAUGGGCACUAAUGGUUGUCAUUGUGCAUCCCAGAAUGCUUUAUAUGUCCUGACCAAUCACAAUGUCCGUAUCAAAAGACACAGGCUGGAGGAGCUCUUAUCAGACAAAUAUAGACUAACUCUAAUUAUAUUCCUCCUAUGCUUUUGUUCUUUCUUUCCAUCAGCUGGAUAAAAUUGGAGUGUUUCAGCGAUGAAAUGUCUGUGUUUACUCCUUGACUUUUUUUUUUUUUGCUUUCCACUUUCAUGCUUUUGUCUAUUGCAUAACUUCAGUUUUUGAAAGCCAAUGAAUACAAUGUUUGUAGUUGUCAUUAUUGGUGCUUCGCAAAAUGCUUCAUUGUCUUAAUAUUACCAAUAAAAUCAUCAAGUGUAUUCCA